AUGCAUCGAUCAUUGGAGCAGAACUCACCGGGUAAUCAUGGUCCAGAUGGCCAUUUAUCGUUUAACUUACAGCAAACUGACCCACAGAAUACUUUUGCAAUAGCAUCGAAGAUAAGUCUGGCAUUAGCAAUUCUGCGUACGAAACCUGCGGGCAUUUCUGCGUCUGAUUUUACGCUGCAAAUCUGUCGCUAUUACAAAACUAAAGAAAACUGGAAAAACCAGAUCGAAAGUUUGCAAAUACAAGCUAUGUCUUAUCAGCAAGAAAUAUUGCAAACAUGGAAUCAGGAACACAGUCAGGAAACAGAAACAGAUACUAGUGAGGAAGAUACAAGUAAAAUGGGAAUUAAAUGCAAUAAUACAGAAUCAUACAUCGAAAUUUUAGUGACUAUGAACGAAAUACCUGACGUUAGGAUUGCUGUAUUAUCUCAGCUCUUAGAAUAUACCUUAGAAUUUUCUCGUUAUUUGCAAGAAUCAGUAAAGCAACAACUAUUCCAAGGUCUUGAUGAAUGCGGGAUACUUAUUGGCCGAGAAUUUCCAUUAGUAUCUGGAUAUAUUUGGACUUUCUUAGGGUUAUUAGAUGCUUCUUUGAUGUCGUAA